AAAAUGGUUAUGGUCUCUGUUAAAUCUGUGGAGGCGUGUUGCAUGGAAAUUAUUCAGUCGAUGGCUAAUUACCAGAUCCAAAAAAAGACGGUAUCUGGGCAACUUGCUAUUGUGAACGGAAUGAUGAAGCAGGUCGAAAAGACUCAUCAAUUGAUAUACGACACGUUUCAAACGCUUCAAAAACUCGAUGUUUUACUUCCAACAGAGUUAAGACUGGAUGAUCAGUCUCAAUCUCGAUGGUCAUUGAUACAGAAAUUGUUUCAAGACGCAAAAAAAGGGCCACUGUCCAGAGACGUUUAA